UGUUCAUUGCUUUUGCUUCCCACUAGUCUUCUUUCUCUCUACACUUUUGGCGCCAAACACUCUCAUUCACUGCCGCAGGGACACAACACACAUGACAUCAGAAACACCAGGAGAUCUUCUCAUGGAUUUGGAUGCUCCACUUGAUUUCGAAACUGAAGACCCUUUCCGUGCUUCUUCUAUUGUUAAAAAUAAAAGGAAAAAGAUAAUUGGUUUAGAUGAUCUUUUAACUGAUCACUACAAGCAGAAAAGUAAACUGAUUGAGAAGGAAAAAAAGCGGGCUAAAGCCAAAAAAAACUAUAAUUCUGAUGAGGAUGAAAGUGGCAAGGAAGCUCUGCUAUCUAACAUUGUUAACAGUUGCCAAAAUCAGAUGGAAGAUAUAAGCGGUGAGGAUGAGGUUUCAGAGUGGGGCCUGCAGGUUUUUGGGGAUCAGAAAACACCUCCAUGUUUAGUUCCUAAGCUGGACAGUUGCCAGCUUUUGCAGUCUUUCACAAAUAAUGAAGUCAACUCUUUGCUGGAGCUCAGCACUGAGAAAGGAGACUCUUUCCUAGAAGGAUUAUUGGUUAACGGAUGGCUCUCAAAAUUGGUCUUUGCAACUGGUCAAGUAGAAAAUUCAAUAGCUACAUGGACUUUUAAUCUGAUUCUAUAUUCAUCAGAAGAAGAGUUAAGGACAUCUGCAUGCAACUUCUGGUGUGCCAUUCUUUCAUAUAAAAAGGAGGUUGAUGCAGAUGCACAGCCUCUUAAAAUUGAUUGGUUUCCUAGCUACUCUGAACUUCACAAAGCUCUUGUAACAUAUGGAUUUUCAUCUGAUUUUUCAUCCACAGUAGAAUCAGUUAAUAAAAAUUCUAGGUGUAGAGGGCCACCACAAAAUCUGAUAGUAUGGGUUAAAUUUACAGCUGCUUGUUGUCAAGUAAGGUGUAAGAAGUCAAUAUUUUCAACUGAAGAAGCCGAAAUGUUAGUUGAAGUUGUUAUUGGUUUAUUUUUAGACCGCCAGCUUCUAGGUUUGUCGGUGCAUUUGCAUCAAUGCCUGCAAUCAGCUAUCAGUUACUUCACAGAGAAAGAAUGGAAUACCAGCUGUGAGGAAAUAGCAAAAUCUCUUGCUCACAGGGUCCCUUUGGACUUGAACUGCUUGCGAACUGUAGACUGCAUAUCAGGAGUCCACAAUCGUAGUAAGCACCUCAGAAGUGCAAUUGCCUAUCAAAUUCUUGUUCACUGUUUUAAUAAGGCUUCCAAUGAAGAGGAAAUUCUGAAUUUGCUGAUUACAAUCAAUGUGAGAGACAAAAAUUGUGAUCUUUUUAAGAUGUAUGUAUACUUGGUUUUGACAGAGAACUGGCUUUUGUCAUGUCCAAAGUUAGAAGAAAAGCCAGUGAUAAAUGAAAUGUGGGGUGUUUAUCUUCGGAAUUGUUCUUGUCAUAUCUCUAGCACUGAUUUAAGGCCUUAUGCGUCAAAGGUUCGUAAUAAGGCCUCAUAUCUUCUACAAGGUCCCUUCAACAAUUAACCAUUUGGAGCUUUAAGGAAAGCAAUGUCUCUGAGGAAAGUUAUAUGACAGCAGCUACAGAAGGUAUACAAACCUUUCAUGUUUUAGCCAUAAAGACAAGCUGCUAUUACCAUUGGUAAGUGUUAUUUAUUCUACUACGCAUAUGUAAGUAAGUUCAAUAAUUGUGCAAGUUAUGGAAUAUAUUAAGCAGGACAUCCAGGCUAGUAUCCAAAACUGUCAAUGUACAGGAUAAUUUUUGUACUAUGAAAUCUAUAUUGUGGGUUUAAACCCCUAACUUUGUUUGAUAAAAACUUUAAUCAACACUAUUCUAGAGGAAUAAAGUGAUUUGAAUGA